AUGGACAUUUUUUCCGCUAACAACGGCGGUACCUCCUCUCCGCCAUGGCAGCUUUCGCCUCCCCACGGGUCCCCUCUCACGCUCAAAUCCGCCUGUCGCUACCCUGAACGCACGUGUUUCAAGUGUGCCUCGCUGCUCACAUCCACUCACACAUCCGCGUCGGCAUCCACGUCGACGUCCACGUCGGCGUCCACGUCGGCGCCCACGUCAGCAUCCACGUCGGCACCCACUUCCCCCGUCGCUUACAAACGAGCGUUACCUUCUUCCACCUCGCCGUCAGCCCGCUCGCCUCCCGCUGCCCCAGUCGGCGCGCUCCCCGGCUCUUCCAGCCUUCCGCCUCCGCUCCUCCCAGUCAGCCCGCGGAGCGAACCCCCCUUCCGUCCCGCCUGCCACCUCUCUCUCUCCCCCGUUCGCCUCGCUCCGUUAUCGCCCUCGUUGCGCCCUUGUAACGUGAACUCCCGCUGCCCCUGCGCGAUCGGGAAUGACGGGAGGAGCAGCGGGAGCGACAGCGAGGAGGGAGGAGAGGAAGGAACCUGCGAGAGCUACUGCAGUAGCUGCUGCUUCUGCUGUGCGUGCGCCAGCAGCUGCGGCGCCAAUGGCGGCGAGACAGGUGAUUUCGCCCGGACCGGGGAUUGCGGCGGCUGUAACGGCGACGAAAACGAGCCGUGCAGCCCUCUGCCCGUCUCUUACGGCGGCCGCGGCUCGCUUCGCGCUGACGACGACUACAAAGACGAUGGCGGCGACGGCGAGAAAAACAGCAAUAACAGCAACGACGACGCAGUAGACGUCGACGGGAGUCACGGGUCCCGCAUAGGGGGCAACGUGAGAGGGAACGUUAGCAACGAGGGGGAUGAGGCGACGAAUCAGCCUAGCACGGAGCAGGUAGCCAUGGGAGGCAGUGGCAGCGCGGUUGGUACGUCUGCUGGCAGGAGCAGUGGGGGUGGUGGUACGUCUGCUCGUAGUAGCGAGUCUGGCGAUCCCUCUACCUCGUCGUCUCGUGCUCGCGGUUGCGAUGAUGCCCCGAACGCAACUACUGUCACCACCACAGCCGCCGCCGCCGCCGCCGCCGCGUCAGCAAGUGCGAGUCCUGCAAGGUUGUCUGGGAAGGAGCACGGAGGUGUGCCAGUUACCAAUGAGUACGGCGGCAGCCAAACCACACCUGGGGGUACAUUCUCUCAUCUUCACCCCUCCUCUUCCUCCGCCGCCUCCCCCUCCUCCCCCUCCUCCUCUGCGUCCACGCCAGCACCCUCUUUCGCCUCCACAUCACCGUUCGCCGCGUUUGUCCCCGUUACAGACGUCUCCAGUAUUCUCUCCGCCCCGCGGGCUCUCCAGCUCUCUAAAUCCGCCAAGAAUCUCGUGGCUGCCGCCUCCGGCCUAGCAGGCGCAAUCAACACGAGUGUGGGCGCCAUCAACACGAGCGCAAUGAGCGAUUUCCUGGCGACAAGUGCGAGUCACAUGGACAGGAUUAUGAGGCGCAGCAGCUCUGCAUCUGCUGUUGCUCCGGUUGUUACUCGCUCGACUGUUUCUGCUCAUGCUCAGCUGGCUGUAUCAGCUGAGGCUGUAACCGGGCAGGUGGGAGCAGGCCAGGCUGUAGCAGGCCAGGCUGUAGCAGGCCAGGCUGUAGCAGGCGUAGCAAGUGGGGCCGAAGGAUCACGUGGAUUAGGUGCAGAUGGCGCUGAUGCUUCUGCUGGUGCUGCUGGUGCAGCAGCACACAGCGCAUGCCAAGGCGAUCAACGGUGUGCAAUCGGCGGGGGAGCAGAUGGGGGGGAAUGUACGGAUAUGACUAGGGUGGGCAAUGGUGCUGGGGUUGCUGGUGGUAAGCGUGAAUUAGAGCAAAAGCGCGAGGCGCUGGAGGGCCUGCAGCAGGAGCAGCAGCAGGAGUGCCAGAGGCAGGAGCGGCAGCAUGAGCAUCGUGUGCGUUGGGAGGAGUGGCAGCAGAUGGCUGUCCGUUUGCAUGAGCAGAUACAACAAAAGAUGCUGACCCCAACAAAGGAGGGGGAGAAGGACAAGCCGAUCGUGGGGGCCACUGGUGGGGGACCAAACAUUCAGAGCGGGUCACUGGAGGGAUUGGCAGUAGCAGCAAGUGGCUGUGUCGCAGAUGGUGUUGCAGAUACGCACACAGGCCCUCCUGUUGCUGCUGCCUCAACUGCGCCUGGAGAGUGCACUUUAGAGGAAGGGCAUGUUUCAGCAGUUCCGAACAACUCGGGCUUGGAGACUUUGGGCUGUGAUGAGUCAGGAGCGGUCCUGGGGGAUGGCCGAACAGGUGUUGCUGAAGCUGGGGGUGGAGAUGGGGGUAGCAGCAGCCGGGUCGGAUGGGAAGUGGCUGGAUGGUUUCGUCAGGUGACAGGAUGGGAAGGCGCAAUUGGGACUGUUGGAUUGCCAUCUGAGCGGGCUGGGCUGCUUAGGACGAAUGGACUCCGCCUCCACUGGAAGCCCGCCGUCGGCAACAAGAUCGAGCUCGCCGUCGAGGCGCGCGUGGGAAGCGGCGCCGCCAAGGGCUGGAUCGCGGUAGGCUUCAAGCCAGGUGGCGACGCGGCCACCGCCGACGCGGUGAUUGGGCAAACCAGCACAGCUCCCGUGGCGGCAUACACUAUCUCACCCGACGGUCAGGUCAUGCUGACGAACACCUUCUCUAUCGGGGAUGCGACUCUGGAGCGGUCGCGCCUGCGCGCUGUUAUCCGCUUCACGCGGAAUAACGGCGACGGGGCUGUGCACGUGAAGGUCCGUGGGCAGAACACAAUCAUAUGGGCGUACGACAUCGACGGCGAGAAGGCGAUUAACUACCAGAACCGUCGAUCGGGCUCGGUCGUGGUAAACUUCGGCUGCGUGGGAGGCGCGCCUGCGGUCGAGAAUCCCUUGAACCCCAUUCCGGGCAGCAAUAGCGGGAUGGCCACUACCACUGUUCCUGGCGCGCCCGCCUCGCCCGCCGUGCCCGCCAUUGGCUACUGCCCCAAGUCCAGCCUUGCCGGAUACGCCUACUCUGCCAAUCUCGACGGCGGCAGCUUCGUGCUGCACUGGAAGCCUGUGCAGGGGCAGGCGAUUCAGAUGGCUAUGGAGGCCACGGCUGGCAGCAGCGCGUCUAACGGCUGGUUCGGCAUCGGGUGGUCGCGCGACGGGUCCAUGUCGCCGAGCUACUCGGUGAUCAAGAGCGGCUCGUCCCUGGCUGCGUACUACAUCAACGGCUACAAGCGCAAGAACGUGGCGCCCACGAACGAGAUUUCGCUCGGCACGCCGUCGCUCUCUCGCUCUGCUGCGGGUUCCCUCAUUGCGCAGUGA